AUGAAACUAUUUACCUUGAUCUUGUUCUUCAUCGGAAUAUUGUGCCUGAUUCAGAGCUCGUACCAGCAAGAUCGUGGAGAGGCUGCUGUGGAUGCCGCAUUGAAAGUAUUGGAUUCAAUGGGAUGGCUCAACUCGAACACUCAUUUGUUCUUCAAGAGAGUGGCGUUAUGUGAGAGUAAUUAUGGACAAGAUCCAAACACCUACAGAUCGGGAUAUUAUGGAGGAAUUUGGCAGGUCGAUUCGAUUACCUUCAAGAACACUCAAAUGCCUCAAUCACAUCCAAUUCUCACCCAAAAGUAUGCUGAUUUGAAAAGUUAUCUUGGUCUUGAUUGGACAAAGACCACUUGGAGUCAAUGUGUGAAAGCUGUCUACUCAUUGUUAGCAGCAAGAUUGAACUUGUUUACCAUUCCUGCAAGUAUUCCAUCAUCCUUGUAUGACCAAGCUGUUUACUGGAAGACUUAUUACAACACCAAUCAAGGCAAGGGAACAGUUCAAUAUUUUAUUGACUGUUGCAAGAAGGGUGGCUUGGGAGAAGAUCAAUAA